AACGUCUCAUUUGGAUGGCCCCGAAAUUCGGCCCCAUUUCGGCUUAGGUUUCCAGAGCUGCUAGCGCCACCGGGCACACGGGUCGAAGCGGGCACCAUGGCUGGCGCCGCCGAAGUGUCAAGUUUUACACUGGGUGUGCUGGUGCCAGGUGCCGAAGCUGGCAGAUUGAUCGGGAAACAAGGUUCAGGAUUGAAGCAGAUUCGGGACAUGUCGCAGUGCAAAGUGCAAUUAGGCCAAACCCCAGAUUCUCAAGGGAACAGGAGAUGUGAUAUCAGUGGACCUACCGUCGAACACAUGGCUAGCGCAAUUCAUGCGAUAGGAACCAGGCUUUUCGACAAAGCAGCACAACAAGAGCGUGUGCAAUUGUCUGUUGCUUUUCCCAAUGGUUACGUUGGACGUGUGAUCGGCAAAGGUGGUUCAACCCUGAAGAUCAUCUCCGAUCAGACUGGCGUGGAGAUGAAGGUGCUGAAGGAUACAGUUAGUGACCAGGGGGACCGGGUUGGUCAUCUUACUGGAAUUCCCAACCAGCUCGGAGCCGCCAUCCGAAUUGCGUUGAAUGCGGUCAACGGCAGUACGCCUGCCCCUGCCCCGCAGAUGAACAACUACCAGGAGUACAAUAGCUAUCGCGGCCAGUCCGGCCAAGGUAUGCAACAAGGCAUAAACAACUGGCGCGCACAAGCUGGUGGAAACAGCACCGGUCCCAUGGGUGGCCCCAUGGGUGGACCCCCCGGUCCCAUGGGUGCUGGUCUGACACAGGUCAGGCCGGCCAGUGGUACCCCUGGGGAGGUGCAGAUUCACAUGGUCAUCCCAUCAAAGUUUGUCGGCUGUAUCCUGGGCAAGGAGGGCUCCCAAAUCAAGCAACUGCUUUCAGAUACAGGAUGUACACACUUGUCAGUGUCAAAAAAAGAAGCUUACGGCGAUGCAGAUCGACGCGUCAUCAUGAUCGGAGGACUCCCGGAGUGCACCAAAGCCCAGGAAGCGGUUUGGCAGAUCUACUCUGAUAAUGCACAGCAAGCUGGUUCGGAGGCAAGCCUCAGCUGCAUCAUGAUGGUGCCUGUUGAGAAAGCUGGCGCUGUCAUUGGGAAAGAGGGAUCGAACCUCAAGCAGAUGCGGGAAAAGUUCGGUUUGAAAGUACUGCUGUCCAAAGAAGUUGUAGAAGGCUUCAGACCCUGCACGAUGAGUGGGGCCAACAUCGACAUGCUUGUGGAGGCGGAAAAGCAAAUUUCAGAACAGAUCUCUGGCACUGAGAGCCCGAUCUCCGGCAAUGGCAUCAAGAGGCCUUUGGAGGGCUUAGUGCCAGCCACUGCCGCCUACACUCAGAACGCCUAUGGAGCUGAUCCAGAGGCCAAAAGACAUAAAGCUAUGCCAGCGGAGCAGCAAAUCAAACUUCUCGUGCCUGCCCAUUGUGCUGGGGCCAUCAUCGGAAAGCAGGGCAGUAUGUUGAAAUCAAUCCGCGAGAGCACAGGUGCUCGGGUAGAAGUGCAAACUGCCGCUCAAACGCCGCCUGAGUUUGACAACGCCCGUGUUGUGAUCAUCAGAGGCGACUUUGAUGUGCGGCAAGCGGCUCUGAUCAAGGUUCUGAGCGCGGCAUUUGAGGAAAGCCAAGCGAACGCUCUGCUGAAGAUGAUGGUGCCACGACAAGUGGUGGGUGCCCUCAUUGGAAAGCAAGGCUCAAACCUGAAGGCAAUAAGAGAAAACAGCGGCAUCAAUGUGCAGGUCCACAAACAAGAACUGCAUGGAGAGCGUUUGGUCGAAGCCCAGGGGCAGUUGGAUGGAAUUCUGCAUGCUGCCAGCCUGGUCAUGGGCUCUUUUGAGGCAGCGACGGCGCCCGAAUACGCGCAGGCAGUUCCUACGAGUUCCAUGGCAUUGGGCAUGGAGUGAUGGCAAGGAGGCCGUGCCUAUGGCAGCUGUAGUUUUGCGGUUUAUCUCCUGAGCCUGGCUGAAACACAAGCAGAGCCAUGCUGACACAGUGCAGCAAAGUCGGGCAAAGAGAA